AUGUCACUGUCUUGUCCUCUUUUCCCUCGGUUCCCUUUCACUUCCGGAGUGACUCUCUAUCCGCUGCCGCCGCCGCCGCCGCCGGGCCCUGGGGCUGGCCCGGGAGGGAGUGGCGCGGGCGGCGCGGCCGGGGACCCGCAGCUCGUGGCCAUGAUCGUGAACCACCUCAAGAGCCAGGGGCUCUUCGACCAGUUCCGCAGGGACUGCCUGGCCGACGUGGACACCAAGCCUGCCUAUCAAAACCUGAGACAGCGUGUUGACAGCUUCGUUGCAAACCACUUGGCAAGUCAUACUUGGAGUCCGCACCUCAACAAGAACCAGCUGAGAAACAAUAUUCGGCAGCAAGUUCUCAAAUCAGGAAUGCUGGAGUCUGGUAUCGACCGAAUUAUUUCUCAGGUUGUGGAUCCAAAGAUCAACCACACAUUCAGACCUCAGGUGGAAAAGGCUGUGCAUGAGUUUCUGGCCACCCUGAACCACAGGGAGGAAGCAGGUGGCAACACCACGCCUGAUGAUGAAAAGCCGGAAGCUUUUGUUGUGACGCAAGGUGUUCCUGCUCCUGGGCCCGGUACUAAUGUGGCCAAUGACGCCAUGUCAAUCUUGGAAACCAUAACUUCUCUUAACCAGGAAGCUCAUGCUGCCAGGGCGUCAACCGAAACGUCGAGCACCAAGACCAGUGAGAGAGUGUCCAGGAAACUCUCAUCUCAGCCCAGCACUGACACCACCCCUGACAGAGAAAGGAGCUCAGAGGACGGGGCGGACAAAGAAAAGGCAGCCCCUGAUUCCGGAGGGGAAGGGCUAGAAGGUGCCCUGAAGUCUGAAGAGCCUAGUGAGCUCCCCUGUGCAGGAGAAGAAGCUAAAAAUCAGACGAAAGAGAGUAAUGUCAUUCCGCUGAGUAAGGACGCUCAGCAGGAAAGCAGUGACCCAAAGAGUAAGCCCGCAGAUAGAGCAGAAAGGAAGCCAGAUGGCGGUGACAAAGGGGAGCGGAAGAAAGAAAGGAAGGAGAAGUCUGAAAAGAAGGCUGACCACUCGAAAAGGAGCGAGGACGCACAGAAGGCUAAAGAGGAAAGGCAGGCAAAGGACAAAGAAGUUGAGAGCACGAAACUUCCCUCGGAAAAGAGCAGCAGCAAAGCUAAGGCCGCGGAGGGGACAAAGGAAGAUUGCUCUUUGAUGGAUUCUGAUGUGGAUGGUCUUACAGACAUCACAGUUAGCUCUGUCCACACCAGUGACCUUUCAUCUUUUGAAGAAGACACUGAGGAGGAAGUUGUAAUGUCAGAUAGCAUGGAAGAAGGAGAGAUUACAUCAGAUGAUGAAGAGAAGAGCAAGCAGAAUAAAACAAAAAGUCAAACUAAUGAUUCUAGUGAAGGAAAAGCCAGAAGCGUACGGCAUGCUUACGUCCACAAACCAUAUCUUUACUCAAAGUAUUACAGUGACUCUGAUGACGAGCUCACAGUAGAACAACGGCGGCAGUCCAUUGCAAAAGAAAAAGAAGAGAGACUUUUAAGAAGACGAAUUAAUCGAGAGAAGCUUGAGGAAAAGCGGAAACAGAAAGCAGGAAAGACAAAGACUUCCAAGGCCAAGAGCCAAGGCAAAAGUAAUGUUGACUUAGAAGAUUCAUCAACAAAGACUUUGGAACCCAAAGCCCCCAGGAUUAAAGAAGUCCUAAAAGAACGGAAAGUUUUAGAGAAAAAAGUAGCUUUAAGCAAACGAAGAAAAAAGGAUUCAAGAAAUGUUGAUGAAAAUUCCAAAAAGAAACAGCAAUCAGAAGAGGACUCCAAAGAGGUCCUUAAAACAAGUGAGCACUGCGAAAAAGAAAAGGCAUCGUCCAAGGAGGCGAAGCAUGCUCAUGUCAAAGGCGAACCAAGUAAACCUGCCCGGAGACUUUCAGAGUCUUUGCAUUCAUCUGAUGAAAACAAAAGUGAGUCCAAAGCAGAACGAGAGCAUAAGAGGCGGACAUCGACGCCUGUUGUGACGGAAGGGGCACAGGACGACACAGACACAAAAGACGGAAAAAGGCAAGCAGAACGCUCUGAGGUUAGCACAGAAGAACCCACAAAACAGAGAAGCACCCUUAAAAAUGAAAGGUAUCCAAAGAAAGAUGACCCUGAUGCUCCCCAGGGGAAAGGCGUACUCAAGAAAGAGGCAAAGCCUUCCAAGGAAAAGCCUGAGAAAGAGAAAACUCCGUCAGAAGAAAAACUAUGUUCAAAACACAGAUACAGAAGUGACAGUGUGCACAAGACAGGUGACGAGAUGGAGCUUCACUCCUCUGAGAAAGCUUUAAAAAUAGAGGAAAGCAUUCAGAAGCCAAGUCAGCAGACCAAACCUGCUUCAGAUGACAAGGCUGAACGUAAAAGUAAACACAGGAAUGAGAGGAAAUUAUCAGUAUUGGGUAAAGAUGGAAGGCCAGUUUCUGAAUAUCUUAUAAAAACAGAGGAGAAUGUACGUAAAGAACACAGCAAGAAGGAGAAGCAGCCGUCGUCUGGAAAGCCUAAAGUAGAUCACAGAGCACGAAGAUCAAGUGAUUCCAAAAUUCAGAAGGAUUUUCUAAGUUCCAAACAGCAGAGUAUCACGGCACAGAAAAGAAGUGAAAGUUGUUCAGAAGACAAGAGUGAGGCUGAUGUGACUGGUUUAGACAGCAGUUUAAAACCAGAAGAGGGCACUCAUAAGGAAAGGCGAAGGACAAAGAGCCUGAUGGAAGAGAAACCUGGGCUGAAGUCUAAAUGGAAAGGGCACGGCAGACAGUUAAAGGCUGCUGAAGCAGAAUUACAAGACAGUGUCUCGAGACAGGUGAGUGCUCCAAAGCCUGACAAGAAGAACACAGAAGAAAAUGACCCAGAAAGGCAGCGCAAGGCCAAAGCCGAAGACAAAUCAGAAGAAGCUGGCGGUGAGCCUGCACUGGAGAGUGCCGCUCCUUUGGCACACGGCGCACAGAAGGACUCUGGCCACAGAGCCAAGUUACCAUGGGCAAAGGACAAGCAUAAGAGUGAUAAAGACUCGAGCGCCUCCAGACUGGAGAGAAAGUUCUCAGAUGGGCACAGAAGUAGGAGCUUAAAGCACAGCGGUAAAGACACGAAAAAGAAGGAGGAAAGUAAGUCAGAGGACAAGGAUGGUAAAGAUGCUGACGGCAGUCAUGAGAAGGCCAGAGGGAAUGGCUCGGGCGUAGAGAAGAAAGUAAGUAGAAGGCUCUGUGAGCAUCGAAGAGGGAGUGUGUCCCAAGAAUCGGCCAGGGAUGAUAAAUUAGCAGCCAGCCCCUCCGGUACCUCCAGUACUUCCUCCCUCCAGAGACCAAAAAAAAAUGCCGAGACCACACCAGUCCCUGAACAAGAACUGAUGGAAACUGAUUCUGAGGCAGCUGUCGAGAGUGUAUCUGAACUUUCUAAGGCCCAAGACAACAGCAGCUAUAGUUCACAGCAAGACAGUGACACCGAGAACAUUACAAAACAGAGAACUGCUGCCGAGGUGCCCAAGGACGAGCUCAAAACUUGCAUGGUGGACUCAAAGCCGGUGGCUGUGAGCUCUAAAUCAGGGCGUGCAAUAGCAGUUACUAGUAAUUCUGAAAAGCACACUGACCAUAAAAGCACCCUGACCAAGAAAGUGCAUACCCACAGUGCUGUGUCCAAACCAAGUCCUCGGGAGAAAGAGCCAGGGCAGCGUGGAGCUCAGGAAGUGAGUGUGGACCCUGAAGCCAGUCGGAGAGUGCUGUCUAGGGCCCUGCCAGAAAGUGAUAGGCUUCCGAAGAAUUUGAAAAGCACUGCCAGGGCCACUGAGGCGUGUGGCACUCCAGGAGAAACUAUUCUUGAACAUUCCUCAGACUUAGAUGCCUCACCCUCCUUACGUUCAGCGACUCUCAUACCUCAAAGAGAAUCUCAUGACUCAAAUACCAUUCCUGCCAUUAACAGAGAAGCUGUUUUGGAAGGCGGCACACCCAGCACCUCCGUUGUGGGUGACUCUGAUGUCCCUAACCAAAAUUUGGCUGUUAAGAAAUCAGAAGUCCACAGAACAAAUGACAGCAAAGAAGGUAGCGACAGUCCCACAGUAAAUACACCAGUGAAAGCAAGCACGGUUACCAAGAGGCCCGUUCCAGAACAUAGCCAGGCCAUGUCAUUGGACACAGAGAGCAGACCAAGCAUGCCUUUUGCUAGCAAGGCAACAGAUGUAAUGGUGGAAAAUAAGGGCAUUAGCACAGACAAGAGCUUCGUGGGCUCAGCCAAGAAAGAGAGUGAUUUAAAGGCAGAGCCUGAUUUGAAGCAGGACAGAAUCGCAGCUGGUCACAUGGUCGGCCUGAGUGCAGGAAAAGACCCUGAGGCAGUCAAACAGAAGCAUGCCAGAGAGCCAGACAAACGCAAAGGACUGCCGGCUGACGUUGGAAGGAGGACAGAAAGCAACGAGGUGGACACCAGUGCUGGGCGGGAUCCUGCCUCUGUGUCACCACAGAGGAAUGGGAAGAUGGACAGGGAGGCCACAGCACCUGACAGAGAAGACAAAACUUCUGUUGCUACUAGUACUGAAGGGAAGGACCAAGGCAUGGCCUUCAACCCAGUGAAAGCUGGAGAUGCCAUCACCACUUCCUCCAAAACAGGAGAGAAGGGGCUGUCUUUGCCUUGCACCAGCAUUGAAGCAGAUGAAGGGUUCACAGUGGGUGCGUGCCCCAGAAACGAGCUCCUGCAGGUUGGGGCAGGAGCCAGAGAGUGCACUGUUUUUGCUGCAGCCGAAGAGGGUAGGGGUGUCGGUGUUGUCACAGAAGGGUUUGCUGAGAGUGAGACUUUGCUCACAAGCUCCAAGGAAGGAGAAAGUGCAGAGUGUGCUGUGGCCGAAUCACAAGAGAGAGUAGUGGGCCCCGUGGCCCCGCAGACAGUGGACAUCGAUGCCAACAUGAACAGCGUUGUGACGGAGGAAAAGGAUGACGCUGUCACGAGUGCAGGCUCUGAGGAAAAGUGUGGUGGGUCUUCGAGCCCAGGUGAAGGGACAGGGACUUUGAUUGGCGAAGUUGAAAGCGAUGGAGCAGUUACUAGUGCUGGGACCGAGGUGAGAGCAGGGUCUGCCAGCAGUGACGAUGUGGACGGGUGCCAAGGAACUCGGGCAGUUGGUCCUAAAAAAGAAACGGAAGGCACUGUGACAUGUACGGGAGCAAAGGGACCGAGUGAGGCUUCCGUUUUCUGCUUGGUAACUGCGGCAGGCCCACAAGAGCAGCAUGUGGUUACAGGUGCAGAUGUGGUACAGGUGGGUGAUGAUACACCCCCAGAGACAAGUGCCAGCCAAGAAGGAGCCGGUUCUGGGAAUGACAGUGCAGAAGGCGAGAGUGCGGUCACCAGCACAGGCAUCACUGAGGAAGAUGGCGACGGGCCAGCAAACUGCACCGGUUCAGAAGACAGCAGUGAAGGCUGUGCUAUCAGCUCUGAAACAGAAGAAAACGGGGAGAGUGCAAUGGACAGCACGGGGCUCAAAGAUGGCCCGGAUGUGCCCUUAGUGGCUGCGGGACCCUGUGACGACGAAGGCAUUGUCACCAGCACAGGCGCCAAGGAAGAGGAUGACGAGGGGGAGGGCGUUGUGACCAGUACUGGGAGAGGCACCGACAGUGGGCAUGCAUCAACGUGCACAGGGUUAGAAGAGACUGAAGGAAUGUUGGUUUGUGAGAGUGCAGAAGGGGGUGCUCAGAUUGGCCCUGCGCUGGAGCGUGUGGAUGCUGAGGCGGGGGCAGCCAUCGUGAAUACAAACGAAAGAGAUGUGGACAGUGUGAGCGGUGCAGACAAGGAGGCCAAAGACCCUGAUAUCUGCUCUAGUGCCAAAGGGCUCGUAGAAAGCAGUGUGACCAGUGCCUUCGCGGGGCGCGGGGAAGGAGGCGGCGAGGGUCCCAUGACUAGUGCAGCUUCCGAUCACACUGGUAGUCAGCUCUCCAGGAAGGAAGUGGCUGAAGAUGCACCCAUUUCCACUGGCGUGGUGGGGGGCAGUUACGAUGUCCUUGUGUCUGGUGCCAUCCCAGAAUGUGAAGUUGGCCACACAGCACCCAGUGAAAAAGACGAAGGCAUCAUCACCUGUGUGGACAGUGACGGGUGCAGUGGCCUUUUGGCCAGCACGGCUGGGUCUGACGUUUCCCAGAAAGACAGUGUAGCUGGCGCUAAAAGUCAGGGCGGUGGGCUGAUGAUUUCGACCAGCACACGUGGUCCGGCGCGCACCGUCGUAGCCGUGCAAGAAGGGCACGCGACAGGUGCCGGGGCGACCGUGGAAGGGUUCGAGGCCCCCAUGCCCAGUGCCGUGUCAGGGGGCGAGGGCCGCCUCACGGCCAGCAGGAGCGAGGACAAGGAUGAGUGUGCCAUGAUCUCCACGAGCAUCCGCGAGGAGCUCCAGGGGCCCAUGUCCAGUGCGCUGCCCGUGGGUGCCGAGCGGCAGGCAGCCGCAGCCGGGGAGAGCACCGCGGCGCUGGGCUCGGUGAGCAUCGAGGACUCCGAGGUGCCGACACCAAGUGCUCCCGCCGGAGCUGAAAGUCCUCUUGCCUCGACCAGCAAGGAGGAAAAGGAUGAGUGUGCGCUCAUCUCCACCAGCGUGGCGGAGGAGUGUGAGGCCUCCGUGUCCGGUGCCAGCGACAACGUGCCGUCCUUGGCGGACGGGAGUGCCGUCAUCUCGACAAGCUCGGGGGAGGACUGCGAGGGCCCGGUGUCCAGUGCCGCCCCCCGGGAGGCAGCCUGCCCCUCGGUCACCGUGGUGGAGGAGCCCGGCGACGCCGCCAUGAUUUCCACGAGCACCUCUGAGGGACGGGAGGCAGCCAUGGUUGGGACCGUCCCGGCAGAUGAAGACCAGGCGGCGAGAGCGGAGGACGUGAGUGACGCCGCCAUCAUCUCCACCAGCACCGCGGCCUGCGUGCCUCUGGGCCGGGGCAGACGCGAGGCGCUCCUGGCUGGAAGCGGAAGCCUCUCGGAGACGCGGAGCGUGUGCGAGCUACCCAUGCCCAGCCUCGUGGCCGAGCGUCUCUGCCGGUGCCCAGUGGCGGUCCCGGGAGGCAAACGAGCAUGGCCCCUGCCGGCUGUGAGCGCUACGGAAGGGCGGGACGGGCUGCCAGCCAGCGAGCCUUCUGCGGGGCAAGGCCAGCCGGGCGCUGCGCGCACCAAAGACGAGGACGGGCGGGACCCCGGCCAAGGCCCCGGGGCACAAGCCGGAUCCUGUAGCUCCGUUCAGGGGGACAACAGAAGCCCAGAGACGGGAGCGCCGGGUGGUUGUUGGGCGGGAAGGGGCUCCAAGAGCCUGGGAGGCGCGGGACCGAGUGCAGAGGCCCUCUCUGGCAGCGUCCCCGGUCUGGCAGCAGUCAGCGCCAGCCCAGACGCCGCGGGGCAGAACUCUGUCCCUUCUGACUGGCAGGGGCCCGAGGACAGCUUGAAGACAACCAAACGUACCGCAGGCCAAGAAUCAAAACCGGCUCCUUCCCACGCGGCAGCCCUUGCAGCUGCCUGCCCCUUAGCUCCAUCUGCUCCCGAGGGGGAGGCCGCCCUGACUUCCCAGAGCCAUCAUGGCAGCGCCUGGACCGAUGAAGCUGAGAAAAGAGGACCCGCUGCUGGUGCCCAGAAGUCAUCCCCCAGGGAGACAGACCUUGAUGCCCCUGUCGCUGAGGAAAGCACGUGCAACACAGGCAGUGAGGAGUCGUCAGCAAAGGUUAUGGGAGAAUCGGAAUUGUCAGCCAACCUGAAAAUUGAGACAUUUGUGCCUUCAGAGAGGGGUAAAAAUCAUGAAGUUGCAGCGGCACCCAGAAGCCCCUGCUUUGAAAGGCCGAGAACAACGGCUGAACCACAAAAGGGGGCUUCAUUAGUGAGCGAAUCGCUAACUGUUGAAAACUCAGACUCAAGAAUGAAUGAAGUUCAUUAUGAAUCUCAUAACAAAGGAGAACUACUCGGUGGUAAAAAACAGAGCAUGGGAGCCGUGAGCGGUCACAGUGUUGAAGCAGCUCCGAAAGAGGUUGAAGAGGAAGAAAGGCUUAUGCUGAGAAGAAAAGGAAAGAAGCAUUACCCCUCCUCAGAAGACGAACUGGAUGAUAACCCAGAUGCACUGGUUUCCAGAAUAGAAACAGCACAGGGUCAGUGUUCUGAAACGGAGCCUCAUGACACAAAGGAAGAGAGCUCUGGAUAUCUGGAGGAAGUCUCUAGAACAAGUGCUCAGACAGACAGCACUGCAUGCAGGACCGUGGAGGAAAAAGAUGACAGCAGCAGCGACGCCACUGGGGAGAAGCCGGAGCCGCAGGAGGACGACGUCAGGGCGCAGGAGGAAGAUCAGCCAAUAAUUAUUAAAAGGAAAAGAGGAAGACCUCGAAAAUACCCAGCAGAAAUGGCUUUAAGAACAAAAGAAGACUCCAAAGCAGAUGUGGGCGUUGCCUCUGUAGAGCAGUCUUCACCUACCAGCAAAUUGAAAGGAGACCAAACAGAUGAGUGCAGUAAAGAAACAGCCAGCCUGCAGGACGGAAGCACGGGCAAUGAUGAUGGCGAAGAGAAGACAGCAGCAAGUGUGCGUCGGAGAGGAAGGAGGCCCAGGCGCUCCUUCACUUCAUCAGAUGAUGCUGACUCCUCAGAGCCAGAGCGAAAACGCCACAAAUCAGUUUCUGAAGCAUCCGAGGACAAAAAAGACCAGGAGUCUGAUGAGGAAGAGGAAGAAGAGGAAGAGGAUGAGCCCUUGGGAGCCACCACAAGAUCCACCACCAGAUCGGAGGCUCAGAGAUCAAAGGCCCAGCUGUCCCCUUCGAUCAAGCGCAAGAGAGAAGUCAGUCCUCCUGGGGCUCGAACUAGAGGCCAGCAGAGAGUGGAGGAAGUCCCUGUGAAGAAGGCAAAGCGGUAAUGCUGAGCGCUAGGCCUGGCUUCCUGAAGAGCAGCCCGAGAGGGGACCAGCCUCCCUCGCUCCCUGGGCUGUGUGCUGUUUUUGUUUUUAAACCAAGAAAAGGAGAUGCAUGUGCUAUAAGUUCCUAGGUGCAAGCUUUUUCUUGUUAUGUUUUAAACAGCUUUAUAAACUAUUGUUCAUAGAAGAUAUUAUGUACAUUUAUUUCAGAUAAAGGAAGAUAAGUUUACUUUGUAUCUGAACUCAACAAAGUAGUUGUAUAUUUUAACAGUCGAAAUUGGGAUUUCCCAAUGUGACAUCACUAAUGCAAUCCUUCCAGCUGGUCAGACACCAGGUUGCCUCCUGGUGAUCUGUGUAUAGUAUAUAAACAUGUAAAAAUAGGUUGUAUUUUACUCAAUGUAUGAUGCUAAUCAAUGAACACUUUAUUUAUUUUACAGAGAAAUCCUAUCUGUGAACUUUACUAUAUAUCUGUUUAUUUUAUUUUAUAAUUUUUUUUAAUAAAAAGAGGGUUUUAAAUGCUAUGCAGACAUCAGUAGAAGAGUUUUUAGGACUCUGCCUGCCCUGCAACUGUCUGUGUGUGACCUGGCAAGAAGCCCAGAACUUCACGCAUGUACCCAAGUAGUUUAGCUGAAGAAAGGAUCUCCUUUUCUGUUGACAGUCAUGACUGUUUUUUAAGAGUGUAAUUUGUUUGUAGAUUAUUCUUGCCUCUGUGACUUUACCACCAGCCUCGUUAACAUAAGUGACUCUGGUUCAGGUAAAGCCACACCCUUCACCUGCAGGGCUUUGCCCUUGUUCACACCCCAGCUCCAUGCCAUUCCCAGGUCUCUGCUGCUGUCUCCGGUGAUGAUUAGAUCACGCCUGUCUGUUCAUCUAAAGGAUUUUAUGUUGUUUUAUACACAGUUACUUCAGGACAGAACUGGUUUUAUUGCCAGGUUCUUUUUUAAACAUGUUUUAACCCCCAUAAUGAACAAACUGUCCAACUUCAAUUUUUCAUAGAAUUAAAGUUUUAGGUCAGAUUUGUUUCUUCGAUGAUGUGUUGCCAAAUGACUAAGAUUGUUUUAAAAUGCUUUGUUCAUACUCUUGUUUUCUAGUUAAAAUUGACAUUCAUUGUGUGGGGUUUUCAUUGUUGGUUGUGAUGGUUUUUUUUGCCUCCUUUUUUUAAUUUGAGUUUUAUUUUGUUGUUUUGACUCUUAAUGUAAGGUGGAUAUUCCUGUCAUUUUACAUUGUUUCUUACUGAGAUUUUUUACAUAAAUUAUAAAAUGUUU